CCUUCCCACAGGUCUCAGUGCCAGCGGCGGCGGUCCCCGGGCGGAGGAGGGAGCCGGAGCUGCCAUGACGACCGGCGACUGCUGCCACCUGCCCGGCUCCCUGUGCGACUGCCCCGGCGGCGCCGCCCUGGCCAAGGCGGUGGAGGAGGCGGAGCGGGGCCGGCCGCACUACGUCGCGCAGGUCAGCAGCAAGGACGGGCGGCUGCUCUCCACCGUCAUCAAGGCGCUGGGAGCGCAGAGUGAUGGUCCCAUCUGUCGAAUCUGCCACGAGGGUGGAAGUGGGGAGGGGCUGCUGUCCCCCUGCGACUGCACAGGAACGCUGGGCACCGUGCACAAGAGCUGCCUGGAAAAAUGGUUGUCCUCCUCCAACACAAGUUACUGUGAGCUCUGCCACACAGAGUUUGUUGUAGAGAGAAGACCAAGGCCUUUGACAGAGUGGCUGAAGGACCCCGGGCCGCGCAGCGAGAAGCGGACGCUCUUCUGCGACAUGGUUUGCUUCCUCUUCAUCACUCCCCUGGCCGCCAUCUCGGGCUGGCUGUGCCUGCGGGGGGCGCAGGACCACCUGCAGUUCAACAGCCGGCUGGAGGCCAUCGGCCUCAUCGCCCUCACCAUUGCACUGUUCACCAUCUACGUCCUCUGGACGCUGGUCCUGGCUCAUCCCCAGGAUCUGGAUGCUCUCAGCUCUUGCUGUGUCUGGCAAAGGUUGAUGGAGGCCCUGGGGGUGAGCAGCGAUGGCUCCUGCUGGCUAAAGCUACCUUUGCCUUUUGCUUUGGCAGGAUGCAGAAGGGAGUUUUGCUGAGCCCCAAAGCUUGGAGUCUCUGCUGCUGUCCUUUUCACCACCUUGAGGCUGGCCCUCUCCUAGCGAUGGUCACACCACACCUUGGGGACAGGCCCUGCUGUCCUGGCUGUCCCCCACAUGCUUGAUUUGCACAUUCCUGGGCAGCAGCUUGAGGAGCUGCUGUGGUUUGGUUUGGCCCUGAGGCUCUGCCUGCCUGUUUUGUGUCCUCCAGGGAAACAUCCCAGGGCUGCUGGUUCCCAGAGAGCAGGCUCCGGGUCCCUUCUGCGGGGCCUGCAUUGUCCUUCCUCCUCCCUUCACUCAUCUGCAUUCCCAGCACCUCCAGCUAAGAGCCCCUCUGUCCUGCAGUGCCAGUCUGCAAUGUCCAUGCUUGGUGCUCUGCUCCCCUGAGCCCUGUGAGUGGAGCAGGCCCUAAGGACACCAGGGCUGGCACUGCCCUGGUCCUCGCUCCUGCCAUGGUGAGGGUGGGGAGCAGAGAGGAGGCAGGCUGCAAAGUGCCCAUGGCUUUGCAGGGGUGUGGCAGUCACACCAUGCCCCUCUGCUCUGCUGAGCCCAGGGGGAUCAGUCCAACCCCUGCUGGAGCAAGACCUGAACAGCUUCCAUCCCAAGCACCAUGUGCCCUUCCCUCUGCUUUCCAGCUGCAGAGCAGGAUGCUGCUCCCUCCCUGGCCCUAGGCUGGAAAUUGCUGAUGGCAGGAGCAGCAAGGGCCAGGGCCCUAUCGCUCCCAGCAGGAUUGCUCCAGCCCUGGGGUCUGUCUGUGCUCUUUUCCUCCAUCUCCUGCCCAGGGCUCUCAGUGACAGCCCAACACACUUUGCAGCAGCCUCUCUCUGCCCAGCUGUGGGCUGGCCCAAGCUGGUCUCUGUUCUGAGCAUGAAGGUCUCCUCUGAUCAUGGUCUGUGUGUCCUCCGCUGCAGCCAGGCUGUGCAUCUCUGCUGCCCUCUGCCAGCCUCCCUGCCUGUCCCUUCCCUUCUGCCAUGUAUCUGUCCAUGGGCACCUUCCCUUUUCCCUGUUGUGCAGGGAUGACUGCCCUGUGUUCCUGGAGGUUUUGCAGGGCAGAGAGGCCUCUUUAGCCCAGCUCUGGUUCUGCUC